AUGGUGGGCGGGCGGCUGGGCGCGGCGGGAGAGCUGCUCCGCGAGCUGCUGGUUGAGGAGGCCCCGCCCCGCAUCGCGGCCCUCAUUGAGGAGCUGUUCCGGGCGGCGGGGGCCCUCGGCGAGGCGGACGGCGGCGCGGCGGAGGUUGAAGAGGGUGCAAUAAGCCUGUGGAACUGGGCUGUAACCAAACACACGGGUUCUGUCAUCAGCGAUGAGCAAAGGGCUAAAUUGAGAUUUGUUGCUUGCAGGCUGGUGCACCUUUGUGAAGGCAGUGAUCCUCCGGAGGGAACCAUUCGGAGGCAGAUUUUGAUGUCGAUGAAAACUGGAAAAGGGUGGAUAGAUAUUGGCAAAGCUGAUCUUGCUGAUGAAUUCUUAGAGAUUGCCAUGAAUAGCAUAGAAAAGCUGUCUGCGAAAUUCCGCAAGGAGGGCGAUGGUGAAGCAGAUAUUCAUGUGUGCAGAGCUGAUGUGGAGAAGGACCUCUUCAAAGUGCUCUCUUAUCAGGCUGAAUCAGCAGUUGCUCAGGGGGAUUUUCAGAAAGCAACGCAAUGCGUGCAGCGCUGCAGGGACAUGUUGGUGAGGCUGCCGAGAGAGACCCGUUACCUGGCAAUCCUCUGUUACAACUUCGGAGUGGAAACCUAUGACUGUAGGAAGUAUGAGCAGAGCUCCGUUUGGCUCAGCCAGAGUUACGACAUUGGGAAGAUGGACGUGAAGAAUUCUGUUGGGAAAGAGAUGCAGGCAAAAGCGCUGCGCUUGUUAGCAACUGCCUAUUUUGAGUGGGAUUGCAGCCUGCAUCUUGACAAGGCACUGAAGGCUAUCGACUUGGCAAACAAGGAGAAUUUGCAUCCAGCAGGGUUUUUUCUGAAAGUUAAAAUUCUUCUUAAAAGUGGAGCAUCAGAUGAAGACAUCAGCUCAGGUAGCACAGUUCUGUGCAGGUGCCAUGGGAAGGUGAUGCUUUUCCAUGUCCAACUGACAAGGAAUUUUCACAUGCUAAAUGUCACAGUUCUGAUUUGGCAUUUUGGCCAUAACAGCCAGUCUGUUGCAGAAUUCCAGCACCAUGAGAUGUCUUUAGACUUUUGUUUGAAUACUGCCAAGCUGCUGCUGGAGCAUGGAAGGGAAUCAGUUGGCUUUGAUUUCCUGAAAUCUGUUGCUGAACGAUUUGAAGCUUCACCUGACUUUGGAAAAGUCACCCUGCUCUACAUCGAGUUCUUGUUGCAGAAUAAGAGGGAGCUGCUUGCUAAGCAAAAGGUUGAAGAAAUUAUUAUAGGUCACUACACUGGGAAACAGCUGUUGCCUGAAACCUUGAACCGACUGCACAUCAUCCUGUGGGACACAGCUGCCAAACAUUAUGAGGCAAAAAGCUAUUCUGAAGCUCUUAACUGGUACAACUAUUCUGUCAGCUUCUAUACACCUGGGCAGAUAGAUCAGAAUCUGGCUAAGUUGCAGAGAAAUAUGGCUUCUUGCUAUCUUCAUCUGAAACAAAUUGACAAGGCUAAAGAGGCAGUUAAAGAAGCAGAAAGGUGUGAUCCAAACAGCAUCUUUACUCAAUUCAGCAUCUAUAAGAUUGCAGUGAUGGAGAAUGACACUGAUAAAGCUGUGGAAGCAAUUAUUGAAAUGGGGAAGCUAGCUGAAAAGCCAUCUCAACAUGAAGACAAGCUGGUAGUGGAUGAAAGUAUGAGCAGUAACCUCCUGAGUUUGGCUGCCCAAAUUGCUUUAGAGCAUGAUCAACAAGUUGUGGCUAUCAGAGCUCUGCAGCACCUGUCUGAACGCUCACAAGACUGCCGACAAGUAUUUGCAGCUUUAAAAUGUUUGGUUCGUCUUACAUUGUCAAAAGUAGAAAAAGAAGAGAAAAGAGAUGAAGACAUCAAGUCGAUGCUGACUUAUUUGACCUUGGCUCACCAGAGACUUGCUGAGCCUUUCACAGAGGAGAAUUUGACAAGAGAUGUAAGGACUUCAGAAGCCCACUGGUUUAGAAAAGUUGCCUGGAACUUAGCUGUGCAGCUCAAGGACUGCCCUGAAAAGAUGAGGGAUUUUUUUGUCCUGUCUUUCAAGUUAUCCCAGUUCUGUCCCUCUGACAAGGCUGUUCUAAUUGCUCAGAAGACAUGCUUGUUAAUGGCAGCUGCAAUUGAUCUGGAGCUGGGGAGACAAGAAGUAACACUUUCUGAGCAGGUGGAGUUUUGGAAUCAGGCUCUCCAACAUCUCCAGGCGUGCAGAGAGAUAUGGAAAGUUCUGAAAUUAACAGGAGAUUUUUCUAAAGACCCAACAGACACUUUGUUGCUGCUCUAUGAAUUUGAAGCAAGAUCCAAGCUAAAUGAUCCAGCACUCAAUAACUUCAUGGAGUCACUGUGGGAGCAACCACACAUAGAGAUCAAGACACUAGAAAUCAUUGCAUCAUUAGCAAUGGAACCUCCAGCUCGGUAUCCUGUGCUGUGUAAGAAAGCUCUGAAGAGUGCCCUGAGCCUUUACAGAAAGCAAACUAGCACUGAUGCUGUGAAAUUCAGCAACUGCUUGCAUAGUUUGAUUAAUCUUUCUUUGCCAACCGGAGUGACAGACUUGGAUGCCUGUGUGCUGCAGGAGGUGUGGGGCUACUUUGAAGAUGCUCUGAAUGUAGUCAGCAGCUCAGAUAGUUAUCCGGAGAUGGAGAUCCUUUGGUUGAUGACAAGAGCCUGGAACACAGGGAUAUUUCAGUAUACUGUUGGUAAAUAUCAGGAAGCAGAGCAGUGGUGUGGAUUAGGAAUGCGUUUCCUCAAUCAUUUAGGAUCGCUGAAGAAAAGCUACGAGGGACAUAUGGUCGGCCUUUAUAGUGAGGUUCUGGACAAAUUGGACAGAGUAAAAGAGUGUCUUCCAAAUGAAGAAUAAUGAUAAGCACAACUGCAGGAAAGGAGGACAGCAGUUGGAAGCAUCCAGCUGGAGGAAGGAGGCUGUUAGCUCUGCGAGGGCACAGGAGCAGUGGGAAGGAAACCAGAAUCUCCCUCUUGUUGGCUAUUCAGUUAUGUGUUGAUUGAAUUCGUCUUAUUGUUUCCCUCUAGGAGAAUUUCAUUCUGUGGAGCUGUGUAGCAGAAAUAAAUACGUAAGUUUCUCUUGA